ACCUGGAUUGAAAUGCCCACAUGCAAAUCUAACGGCGAACGUUAACGGCGUUAAUAUCUCCUAACUUCGUCCGGGCUGUUUAAAAUCCCAAGACGAACCAGCGUUUGAUCGGCUCUUCCCAUACCGUCUCCGUUGCCUCUUUCGUGAAAACUCUCUCUCUCUCUCUCUCUCUCUCUCUCUCUCUCUCUCUGCGUCGAUCGGAGAGAUAUGGGUGUUGAUCUUGAAUCAUUGUCGGAGGCGACAUCUGGAGCCAUAGGAUCGCUUCUGAGCACAACUAUCUUAUACCCUCUCGAUACGUGUAAAUCCAAGUACCAAGCCGAAAUUCGAGCUCGUGGUCAGCAGAGAUACAGAUACCUCUCAGAUGUCUUGUGGGAAGCAAUUUCUACACGACAGGUUCUCUCGCUGUACCAAGGCCUUGGGACUAAGAAUUUGCAGUCCUUCGUUUCGCAGUUCAUCUAUUUCUACGGCUAUAGCUAUUUCAAGAGGUUAUACACUGAAAGGACUGGUUCGAAAUCAAUAGGGACUAAGGCAAACUUGCUUAUCGCUGCCGCUGCAGGGGCUUGUACUUCCAUCAUCACCCAGCCUCUAGAUACAGCUUCUUCAAGGAUGCAAACAAGCGAGUUUGGAAAAUCUAAAGGGCUUUGGAAGACCCUGACUGAGGGGACUUGGGGAGAUGCAUUUGAUGGCCUAGGGAUUUCUCUCUUAUUGACCUCGAAUCCUGCAAUUCAGUAUACAGUGUUUGAUCAGCUGAAACAACGCUCCCUUCAACAAGCAAAGGCAAAAGCCAAGACUGGUUCUUCCCCAGAAGUCCUCUCUGCUUUCAUGGCAUUCUUGUUAGGGGCAGUCUCCAAAAGCAUUGCCACCGUCAUCACAUAUCCAGCUAUAAGGUGCAAGGUGAUGAUCCAAGCCGCCGAUGACUCAAAUGAAAAUGUAGCUAAGAAGAAAGCCAGGAGAAGGAACAGGAGAACAAUCCUUGGAGUUGUGUAUGCCAUAUGGAGGAAAGAAGGGGUCUUAGGGUUCUUCAAGGGCUUGCAGGCUCAGAUUCUGAAGACGGUUCUAAGCUCUGCGCUGCUACUGAUGAUCAAGGAGAAAAUCACUGCCAGCACUUGGAUCCUGAUUCUAGCUCUCCGAAGAACGCUGUUUGUCACAAAGGGUAGAUCGAAAAUUGCGUGAUUCUUGCAAAAUCCGCUUGUCCAAACCGAGCAAGGCCGGUGGUUCAGGCAGGGUGGCAUCAGCGUACUGUCUCUCUGCUCGUGAAUUGGAGUUAAAGUCUCAGCUCACCAGUCUCUAUUGGAAAUUUUACGGUAAGACAGGAAUUCGAAACAAUUUUCAUCCUGUUUCUUCUUUCGAGAACAAGAUUCUGAAUGCCGGUUGGGUGCAGAUCACCAUUAAAUUUGUAUUACCCGGAUUGAGAUUCUGGGAGUAUAGAUCCUUGCAUUUUGUUAUAUAGGCAUGUAUUUAUUUAUAACUAAGGUUAUGAUGUCGAAUGAAAGGGUCUUUAGCUUCA